AUGUCAUUCCUCCUUUCACCAGCCAGGCGCAUGACGUCUGCGCUCCCCGCCAUAUCACACCGCGCAUUCUCGACGACUCGUCCGUCUCAACUUGCCCGUAUGACACUGGUGGGAAGGCUCGGCGCAGACCCUGAAAUCGCAGAGACCGGCAAGGGGGUCCAAGUGAUCAAAUAUGUCGUGGGCACCAGUUACGGACCGAAGGAGAACCGACAGACAUCGUGGUUCCGCGUCGCCAGUUUUGCACCCGAAGGCUCGCCGCAGCGAGAUCUUGUGAUGGGAUUAAGCAAAGGGACACUAGUCUAUCUUGAAGGAGAUGCUACUAUGCGCACCUAUGAGGAUUCGGACGGCAAGAAACAGAGCUCAUUGAGUCUGGUCCAAACAAAAGUGGAAGUUCUGAAACGACCACAGCCCAAGGAGGAAGAGAUUGCUCCGGAAGCCGUCAGUGCUUGA